AUGAUUCAACAAUUAGCAGAUUUACUAGAAAAAUUCAACAAUAUCGAUUCCGAUAUUCGGUUUAUGGCCUUGAAAGAUCUUCAGACUUUACUUAGUCACCCAGAAAAUCUUAAGGCCAUCAAACUCGACGUGAGCAUUGUUCAUGUAGUCACUAAGGUGCUUCAGCGACUGGCUGACAACAUUUCAGAGGUUCAGAAUGAAGCCGUCAAAUGCAUUCCUAUUCUUGUUUCAAAUCUUAACACUCCGCAUUUGAUCACUUAUGCUAUCCAGCCUCUUAUAAAGCCAGAGAAGCUUCUUGACUCUAGAGCCACAGCUCGAAAUGAAAAGGAGGAUUACUCAAUUUUUUCUACAGCACUUCGUACCGUUGUCAUCAAUGUUUCAGAUAAUUCAUCUGGCCCUAGCUUGGUUCUGAUAUUGUUGCCAUAUUUGCUUGAUGUCAUUCAAAAGUACCGUUCUGUUGAUGACAUUGACAUUCUAAUUUCGUUAAUUGAACGCUUUGGCUCUUCGUUUACGGAUGACCAAGUUAAUAAGACAGAGGCUGGCCUUAUUGAAAUUCUUCAAAAUCAAACUGGUUUAAUUCAAAAGCGUGCCAUUAUUGCUCUUGGUAAACUUACUCGUUACCUUCAAGGCGACGCAUACGUCAACCUUUUGGCAUUUAUCACAAAGAAUUUCCCCGCUGCUGGCUCAGGUCUCCCCAUACAAAGCACUAAAAAUAUCAUUAUUUUGGCCAGCACUGUCAUCAAAGCCGACUCUUCUAAGGCCAAACAGUACCUUAAUGAAAUUGUGCCACAACUCAUUUCCACCCUUCACAUUGAGCUAUUAGAAGAUGAGUAUGCCAAUGAGAGCGUCGACCUUGCUGAGGUACGCGAGGCCUCACUUACAGCUCUAGAAACAAUUAUAUCAGAGUUUGACUCUCAAACUAUAACUUCAUUUUUGGAGCAGUUCAUUGCCGUGGCUAAAGCGUUCUUGCGUUUUGAUCCAAACUUUGUUGGUGACGACGAAGAACAGACUGAGGAAGAGUCUAUUUUUGCUUCCAAUGGCACUACUGAUGACGUUGAUAUGGAUGAGGAGGAUGAUGAAGAGGAGGAAGAAGAAGGAGAUGAUGACGAUGACUUUGAUGAAGAUAACGGAUUUUCUGAUGAUGACGACGACCAGACAUGGAAACUGCGCCGUCUUUCUGCAAAAAUUAUUGGUGGCUUGGUAAACGCUGCACCCAUGUCGUUGUCGUCAAUUUACUCUGAAACGUUUAAGCCUAUCGUCGUUUCGUGUAUUAAGGAGCGUGAGGAUUCCGUGAAGGUCACAUCCCUAGAAACAUUUUCUAUUCUUGUGGAGGCAGCAUCUAGUGAUAGAUAUUUUUACGCCACACGCCAGACCUUUAAUAAUAAACGCAAGUCUUCUGAUGCUAACGUUAGCUACACAACUGACCCGCAAACUCUUUUGGGUGAUUCUCUCCCAGUCAUCAUUAAGAAUUUCAUUGAACUACUUAACAAUAAGGAUUCUAGCAAAAAUGUCAAGCACAGUCUGCUUGCCACUAUCAAAUCUCUCAACGAUGUGGUUCGUUUUUCUGUCAAGGAUCUUAGUUUAACUAUAAAUGCCAUUACAGCUGUUGCUUCUAUUCGUGGUUCUCCCUAUAUGAGUGAUGUUUUGCAAAUUGUGGGGUCUAUUUUGACACGCAACAAUACUUCCAAUUUGGAUACUCUUCUUCAGAAGCUUGUUGAAAUUAUUGUAAAUGGCAUUUCGGACUCGUAUUAUCGUAUUUCUGGUGAAGCUUUGGAUACAGUUUUGUGUCUUUUCCCUCAUUAUAUUCCCAGUUCAUCUCGCAGUGGUAACAAUAAUAGUGGGAGCAACAAUGGUAACAACGGCGGUGGACAGCUUCCAACUAUUGACACUUCACAACUUCAAGUUGCUUUGAUAACCAAGGUCGGUGGAAACUCGUUUGAUAUUGAUAUUCGCAAGAAGGCCAUUAAAGCUUUGGCCGUUCUUUUGCAAAGAGUUCCUUCGACUUCGGAGCAAGUUACAGCAGCAGUCAAUGCAAUUAGCAGCCAGUUGGAUAACGAGCUUCUUCGUUACGAAGCAUUGAAUGCGAUAAAGACAUUUACAAGUGUUGAGACCAGUGGAAGCAACCCUAUUGCAGCCAGUGUCCCUCUGGCCUUUUGGCUUCCCAAUAUCACUCAUUUGAGCACGCAAUGGGCGGCAAAGACUUUAAACCAAAUUAUUGUUUUUCUUCGGCAAAGUCUUUUUUUGAUUCGUUCUGAGUCUCUUCAUGACAUGCGUCUUUUGUCACAAUUAGUUUCUCUACGCAUUCUUAACAAGGAAGCAAAGGAAGAGGAGGUUAGUGAGUUUGGCAAGUUCAUUCAUGCGCUACUUGAUAAAGUAUUUACAUCUAUUGAUGAACUGAAGAAGACCACUACUUUAGAAAACAAGGUUAAGAGUGAAAUUGAAAGCGUUGGGCAAUUUGCUACUAUUGGUGCCCAAGAGUCAUCAAUUAGUGAUUUGGAAUUCCAACUUAGUUCUGAGAUUCGAUUGUUUGCUGAAAGUUUUGAUGGGCUUGUUUUGCUUGGACCUAGUCUUCUUUCAAGUAUUGUUGAAGUUUCAACUCGUCUUUUUAGCAGCACUGAGAGUGCUUCGAUUGAAAGUGCACUCUUAGCUCUGUUUGACAAGUACACUCGCAGUCUUCCUUCUGAUAAGGUUGCUGGAUUUUACAAGGGUCUUUCCAGCGGCAGUGGCAGCUUGGUUUCUUCAGUUAUUGGGCUUACAAUUGUCAACUGUGGGCUUGACAGCGAGAUUGCACAAUUUUCAGGAGAGAUUGAACAGCAAGCUGCUCUUGCGUCACCCGAUAUUGCUACAACGGAAAAGGCACUGCAAGUUUUGGGAUAUGUUGGACGUCACAAGGAGCUGGAUAUUUGUCUUGAUUCUAUUUACAGUUUGCUUAAUAAUGAAGCUUUGCGGACAAGUGUUGCAAGCACUGUGGGGAAGGUUACAAUUGGUGGGUUAAGCAAAUAUUUGGAUGAAUUACUGCAGCAUCUGGUUAAUGUCAAGGAGCAGGGGAAGCAGUACUUUUAUUUGCUAUCUCUGAAGAGUGUUGUUGUAUAUUUACAAACAUCUGCUGAACAAUACAAGAAGGAUGCAACAACUCCUGGGUCUCCUUCACCUGGUGUUGGUGGAAGUAGCAGUAAUGUUGCGACAGCAGAGAUUUCUAAUUUCCCUCAGGCUAUUUAUGUGGAUACUAUUUGGAAGACCCUUUUUUCAAUUGGGUUUGAAGAUGAUCGUGCACAAGGUGGGGAGAAGGCGAUUGUAGCUGAGUGCAUUGGACGGCUUUCCAUUAUUGAUCCGGAUAAAUACUUGCCGGAACUUAAGAGUCAGUUGGCGUCUCCGAAAGUGUCAGUUCGGCGAAGCGUUGUUUCUGCAGUCAAGUACACGUUUGGUCAAACUCACGAGCAAUAUGACCGAUUGCUGCGACCUAUGAUUGUGGACUUUUUAGUUUUGAUGGAGGAUGAGAACUUGUCAAUUCGACAGGUUGCUUUGAGUACGCUAAUGUCUGCAAUUCGUAAUAAGCCAUUGCUGCUUCUGCCACAUCUUUCGCGGCUUCUGCCAUUGCUAUAUAAGGAGACUCAUAAGGACAGUUCGCUUGUGCGGAUUGUGCAAAUGGGACCAUUCAAGCAUGAGGUUGACGAUGGUUUAGAGCUUCGUAAGUCUGCUUAUGAGGCGAUGUAUACGUUGAUUACGGCACUUCCUUAUGAAUGGCAGGCAAGUCUUGUACGUGAUGAAACGUUUGCUGACCGUGCAUUUGCAGGGUUGGAGGAUGACCAUGAUAUCCGUGUAUUGAGUUGUGUGACUCUGGGUCGAAUGGUGGCCAUUGACAUUCGGUUUUUGACUCAACGAGGUGGAAGCAGUAGUUCUACUACUGGAGCUGCAUCAUCUGGAGGAGGAGGAGGAGGAGAUGGGGCUACUAAGGAGACGAACCUGGAGCGGAUCAUUAGUGGGUUCAGUGAGAUUUUGGACACACAAGUGAAAGCGAAUGCUGUGAAGCAAGAGUUUGAGAGCCAAGGUGAGCUUGUACGCAAUGUUUUGCGGGUGACGCAAUCGAUUAAUGAGAGCAUUGAUGCUGCUGGAUUGGGUGUUUCUGGUAAAGUUGGUGGUAUUGGUAGUGGAACUACUGGGGGGAGUGGAUUUGGUAAUGUUGGUAGUAGUGGUAAUGGCAAUUUGCUUAAGACGCUGUCAACCGCGAGUCUUAACACUGUGAAUAAUCUUACUGCUGGAACAUAUGGGGGUGGGUCUGGUGUUGGUACAAGUACACCUGGGACUCCAGUGCCUGGUGGAGGGUCUUCUACAGGGGGUGUUACUACUGCUGCUGCUAGUGCUAAAGGUGGGUCUGGGCUUUCAGAUGGAGAUUUGGUUGCUUGGAUGCACUUUCAAGACAAGCUUGAGAAUGGAGCCUUUAAAGGUAUGCAGUAG